AUGGCACCUCGAACACGAUCUCAGACAGGUUCUAUACCGAAGAAGGUAGUCCCGUUCGGCGAUGAAGUCCCGACGAGAGGCGCGACUACAAGACUGGGAAGGAAGGCUGUUACCAAACCUGUGAAGAAGAAGAAGACGGAGAAUGCACAGGAAAGGCUGCUUUUAGAGCCGCAUCUCCCGAAUCCACCAGCACAGCUGGACCUCAGCAAGCCUCUUCCCAGGGUUGGUUUAUCGGAAACUGCGCUGGAGUUGCCUCUUGCAGCCGAUGCUCCAACGGGUCAGCCCAGAAUCUUCUAUGGAGAAGAUGCACCAUAUCCUCGUUGGAGAACCAUACUGGAUCAACGGCCCCUUGGCGAGGAUCUUGAGAAAGAUUUGAUCAGGACACACCCUGGCAGAACUCAUAUCCCGGGGGUAGCACCAGGAAGCCACCCGAGGGCUAAUGACUACACCAUCGGCCUUGGAUGUGUCAAGUGGGACUUUGAACCAGGUCCGGCUGCAGGCUGGGGUGGCUUGACAGGCCACCAGCUUUACGAACAAGCAUGCAUGCGUCUCAGAGCGGCAUUGGAUGAUCCAUGGGCUCGAUGGCAACUGCAAGACGCUAUACGAAAAGGCGAAAAUGCGCGCUACAUCGCCUAUGUCGAGAAUCCGGUACCGCCCCUAGUACGCUUCGGUGGCCGAGGUGCGUUGCAGGUGCCUCCCAACGACCCGCUCAUUGUACGGAUCAAAGAAAAUGCUUAUAAGAUUGAUCACAUAGUCAAAAACAAACCCAAGUGGCUAGACAUGCAGGAAUUUGAACGGCCGUCACUUGCUUGGCGACCCGGUGAGGUCGAACCCGAUAUGGGAGAUUAUUCGCGGUUUGUUGGACUAAUGAAGAACCAUCGAUUCGGGACGCUGGGUCCUCCGGGCUACCAAGAUCCUUCUUUCGACCCAACUGCUAAGCUGAACGCCAAGCCUGUUGGAAUACAGCCUCCCACUGGGGGAACAGGAGCAGCCGCCAACGCAGCUGGAGGGAGUGCUGUUCAACAGACAGAGAAAGCUGUCGGGAAUCUACCUACUUUGAGUGGACAGAAUCCGGAAACUUCUGAGGCCCAAAGUGUGGCUGGAGAUGCAAAGAGGCUUAUGCAAAAUGGUGAGUACACUGGUGUUUGGUUUGUUGUCUUCGUCUUAUUCAGCGGCCUGUUUCUGUAUCUCUUCCUGUAUGCUAUCAAGAUAAUCAGAUGCAUCACCAGCACCCCUCGGGAGGAGAUAUGUCUGUCCUGGUGA